AUGGCACGAAGACGAGAUACCGAAUUCUCUAGUGAUUCUGCUAGCACUCGAGAGACGAGGCAAAGCAGCGACACAUAUGACUCGAGAAGUACUGCUGCUACAUCUCUUUAUGACAGCCCUACAUCAACUAAGGAUUCGGGCUGUCAAACUCGCAAAUUUCAGGCGGCAUGCUACGACGAGGACCUCUCGCCCGCGACAAGCUUAUACCCACGGUCAUCGGUCGACACAUACUCAUCGCAGGCUUCAAGUGCUUAUUUCUCGGACGAUACCGACUCGGACGGCUAUCCCGAAUUCUCGGAUAUACCUGACUUGCCUCCUUACCGACAUGAUAUCGAGGAGCUCAAUGUCAGACCUUCGAACCCCGAGGAAUUCGCUGAUCUAUUUCCGUCCUUGAAUCGACUAACAAUUCGACAUGACGAUUUCACGUCGGAUGGGAACAUGAACCUAAGGGUGGAUACCACUGUUCUGGGUAGACGAAAGAAGACGGUCCAGCUGUUCCACCUGCGGAUGUAUGACCUCAACAAGCGAGAGUUUUCCUUGAGGCGGUAUUCCCGAGAUUCCGGCCGCGAAGUAUGCAACUCGAAGCGGAAAUACGUCGAUCCGCCCACCAUGACUCGCCCUAACCUGCAGCGAUCAGUGUCAAGCGCGAUGAAGUCCUUGGCAAAGCGACCGCAGCUCAUCCGCAUUCCCACUAGCGGCUCCGUCUUCUCGUCGAAGAGCCGGCCAAGCACCAGCCAUUCUGCUACCUCGGCUGAAGAUGACUACGCCGAAGGAGUCGCCAAUCCUAUCCCCAUCGACAAGAAGCAGAAGGCCCGCCCGACACCCACGAAUACGAUCAAGCUCGAAUUCUCCAAUUAUGCCCGUGUCGACGUGGUCAGGCGUGGGAAAAAGAAUGCGAAGAAGUACGAGUUCGAAUGGUGGGGCCACAAUUACUCGUGGAAGAGAGUGGUGGACAAGCUCACCGAUUCUGUCUCCUAUCACCUAUUACGGGAUGGUCACAACAGCCGACCUGUAGCGCAUAUCGUUCCCGAAACUCGAUCACCCACCCAGGUGGCUGCCGACGAACAUGCCGGCGGUUGGAUACCACCUUGUCACAUGUGGAUUAGUGACGAAAGUCUGGUCGAGGCUAUGACCGACGUUGCCGACAUCGUCGUUGCCACUGGCAUCAUGGCUCUCGUAGACGAUUGCAUCAAGAUGCGUUGGCAAACGAAGAAGAGCCCUCGCAUCGCGCUCCCGCUCUUAUCUAAAUCCCUAGAUCUGAAGCCUAAGUUUCUUGUACAACAGAUGUUUACCCGCAGGAAUUCGGAUCAUCAUCCGAGUCCAUUACGCUUUCUGAGGGCCGUACCGGCUUACUGA